AUGGGCUAAAGAAGUUUAAAUCAAGAAAAUAAUUUACAAUAGGAAAUUGAAAUUAUUUCCAUUACUCAAGUUUACAAGUAAAAGGAAACUUAAUUAGGUAUUGUGAUAUUUGGUGUCCAUGGAAGGAAAAUCAAUUUGACAUUUCAAGAGAACUUAAAAAAUGGCAUGUAACUGAAGAAUCAAAUAAAUGGAUUAAUUUUUAUUGUUGUUAACAAAGAUGGAUGAAACUCUUGUUUACAAACUUGGAUGACUAGACUUAAUAUGAAGGAGAAAGUAAAAAAAUUAUAUAAUUCAGGACCAAUCAUUAUCAUACCUUGCUCAGAGGAAUUAAUGAAAGUUAAGAAGAAGUAUGCUCAUAAUCAUUAUGGACCUGAGAUAGGAAAAAUAUAGGCUGUUUAACAAAUAUGUGGAGAUUCAAAAAUUUGUGAAAAACCAUGUUUUAAAAUAAUCCAAGAUGCAUAAACCUUUGUUAUAACGAUUGACAAAAAUUCACUAUCUCAAUAUUGUCUGAGAUAAUGUUGCUUACCUCAUUCUAAUAUUCUAUAUAAUAUUCAUGAAAAAAUGCCAAACUCAAACUCUUAUUUACGAAUUGGAUCCAUUUAUGUUAACUUUUAAGGUAUAUUCAAAGAAUAUUGCACAAGAGGAGAUUUAUUUACAAUGCACAUCCCUAAAAAUUUGAAUGAAGAAACAAAAAUCUUAUUAAUAUUUGGUUGCUUGUAACUAAAUUAUCAAGAAUAUGAACAAAUGAUUAAUUUACCUUGA